GACGGGAGUGUGCGCGCGCGUGGUGGAAAUGGUAGCAAGAUGGCGGCGUUGAAGGAGGAACAGUGCUACGGACUGUCCUGUGGAAGAGUGAGCAAUGGCAGUAAUGUAUCCGUCUUUCACGUUAAACUAACUGACAGCGCGUUGCGAGCGUUUGAAGGUUACCAAGGCACCAAGGGCCUCCCGACAGAACCUUUGAUUCGAUUUACUGGAAACCAAGGGAAAAUCUCAAUACCGCGACCGGAAAAUCCAAGCGAGCUGCGGACGUUUACUUUCUACCUGUCUAACGUGGGGAGGGACAACCCCCAGGGCAGCUUCGACUGCAUCCAGCAGUUCACCACCAGCGAAGGCAGCAUUCAGCUGGACUGCCUGGCCGGGAUCCAGGACAAGAUCACGGUGUGCGCCACUGAUGACUCGUACCAGAAGGCCCGCCAGAGCAUGGCGCUGGCGGAGGAGGAGACCCGCAGCCGGGGGGCCAUCGUCAUCAAGCCUGGCGGGAGAUACGUCGGCAAGAAGGUUCAGAUCCGGAAACCGGCUCCCGGCCUGUCGGACGUGGCGCCGUCUCGGAGGACGUCGCGGCCCGUCAUCAUCUCCAGCACGGCCCUGAAGAAGAGCGCCGCGCAGCAGCGGCCACUGAGAGAGCGCCUCACCCACCUGCUGGCCCUGAAGCCCUACAGGAAACCAGAGCUCAUCCUCCGGCUGCAGAAGGACGGCCUCUCGCAGGCCGACAAGGAGACUCUGGACAGCCACCUGCAACAGGUGGCGAACCUAAACGGCAAAGAUAACACCUUCACAUUGAAGGACUCUUUGUUUAAAGACCUUCAGAAGGACUGGCCAGGCUACACAGAGGGCGAUCAGCAGCUUCUCAAGAGAGUCCUCGUUCGGAAACUGUGCCAGUCCCAGAACACUCCUGUGACCGCACCCCCUCCCGGACCCCCUCCAGCCCCCCCAUCUGAGAACCCUGUGAGCCCGCCCAAAGAGCUGGCCAGCCACUCCCCAUCUCAGAAACGACCCGCUGGCGACUUCAUCGACCCUCUGGCCAACAAGAAGCCUCGGAUAUCUCACCUGGUCAGCAAGGCUGCCGGCGGCCCGCCCAACGGCAAGCUCACCUCAUCCAACGGCAAGGAGGCGGGCGGGGGCAGAGACGCGGGCGGGGGCCACACGACGGCGGCGGCGGCGGCGCCAACCGCGGCGUCCGCGCCGACGGUCGUCCCGGACGUCGUCAUGACGACGAGCAGCUCCCAGCAGCUCCCCCUGCUAGACAUUCCGCGCCCCUUCGACCCGCUGUCCGACGGUCUGUUUCUUGCAGAUAUCAAUGGAAUGUUCAACAAUAGCAGUAUUCCCUCGUCCUCCUCUGAGAUGGCAGAUUAUACAACGAAGUACCUGGUGAUUGGCUCCCCGGAACAGCGGCAGACGUAUAAGACGGACUUCAACGCGGAGUACAGCGAGUACCGGGGUCUGCACGCGCGGAUAGAGGGCGUCACCCGGCAGUUCUCCGUCCUGGACACUGAGCUCAAGCAGCUCCCCCAAGGCACAGACAAGUACAAGACAAUCCACGAUCAGAUACUUCAAGAGUAUCGCAAAAUAAAAAAGACUAACCCAAACUAUAGCCAAGAGAAGAAUCGCUGUGAAUAUCUACACAACAAACUGGCACACAUAAAGAAACUCAUAGCCGAGUACGAUCAACUGCACCCACAGAACUGGCACUAGCUAGGCGUUGCUUCCGUAUUCUCAGUCAGAGGAAGGAAAACUCUGGAUUGUGCUUUUGCUCUAAAAACAAAUUGAAAAAAAAACGAAAUAAAAAACCGAUGAAAGAUGCCAUGAAGGGUGACUUCCCUUCAUUGGGGCCAAAAGCACUAGUGAUGAAAAAAGCAGAUUCUAUUUUUUUUCUUUCUCUCUCCCUCUUCCUCCCUUUUUAUUUUUCCAGAGACGGGACGUUGGCUGUUGUCGGCCGCCGGCCCUCUGUCACUACACUGCUUCACAGAAAUGACCCAGUGUGGCCUCUUGUUUUUAUUUGGUUUCUCUUCUCCCGAGCUCUCCUUAUCAUGCACAGAGAUCUUUCAGAGAGUAGACUGGGAGUGGUCCACAGUGACUCUAGGGAGAUCUCCCAGUAGUCUCCCAGUGGUUGGGUCUCCAAUUCUGGGGUAUUUUGGUGGGGGAGGAGACGAAGUCUGCAGAACGCCAAAUACUAUCCUUUGAGAAGAGAAAUACAAGAAGAAUGAAAUGGAUGAUAUCAGUUUUCCCGCUUAUACUGAAACGGACGGUGGUGAAGCUGAAAUUAUUUUUUGUAUUUAUUUUUUGACAUGGGGUUAAGAGUCUGUUAGGAUUUUACUGUACACUCCUCUCCAUAUCAGUGCUAAAAGCAGUAUCUCUUUUGUUUUGUUUUGUCUUCAGAUCUUGAAAGUCAGCCAGUAUUUAUUCAAAAGAGGCCUUGGCCAUCCAGUUAUCAAUCUUGCUCACUUUUCCUUUUUAUAUAGAGGUACCGAUAGACCUAUUGAUCUAACUGAAGAGAACGCUACUCGAUGAACAAAGUCAGGCACAGGUUUCUGCUUGACUUUUCUUAAAUUAUGUGCAGAUGUCUUAACAAGGGGAGCAUGUUGUAAAAGUUGGGCUUUGAGAAGCUGUGAAGUACUGCCCCCCCACCCCUCCCCCCCUCCCCCCUCCCCUUCCCUUUUGACUAGCUGCAACGCUUGUCUAUCAAAUGGUCUUGGAUAUUCUUUCUUUUUUUUUUUGCUUCCCUCUUUUGGUCACUAUAGCCCAAUCCAAUUUCUACCCCUUACCCCUCCCCCUUCCCUUACCCCUUAAAAACAAGGGGGAGGGGUAAAGGGAAGGGGUAAGGAGUAGAAAUAGGAUUGUGCCUUAGGCCCAAUCCCAUUUCUACCCCUUACCCCUUACCCUUACCCUUCAAAACAAGGGGAAGGGGUAAGGGGUAGAAAUGGGAUUGGGCCUAAGUCGUUGUGGCAUUCGGUAUUUAACACAGGAUCACUUUAGAGUCAGGAGUAGAUGGCUGUAGCGAUCCAGUAAUUCCAAACGGUCUGACCAGGGAGCUCACGGCCACCACUGCUGCUCAAAUCAUGCCCAAAACGAUCCUCUAAUUGUAAGUUAAUGCAGAACUAAAGAGCUUUUCAACGUCUACAACUGGGGAAAGAGAAAUGUUGUGGUUUCAAAGCAGAGAUUCAAAAUGUCAUUCUAGGUUCCCACACCAUCACGAGUCGGAUGUAUAAGAUGCUGUUUACCGUGUGUACUUAAAGAUCCCGUUUCUCCCCAUUCUAAUCACUAAAACGACUGUUAACAUGAAGCCAUCCUGCGUCCUCCCGGAUGAGACCCGUACACUAGCCGUCUCUGCCUGCCUGGCUACCUGGGACCCGUACUAACGGCCUUGGGGAAACGCAUAUCGGAUCAAUAUUGCCUUUCUGAACACGAUAGUCACCAGAAUGACGUGGAACCUUCUGAUUCCGGAUCAGUGGUCCUGUUUGAGAAACACUGUGACAGAAUAUCCUGUUUUCAAAUCGAAUUGGAAUCUUUUUAACAGCUGUCACAAAAACAUCUAUGAAUAAAUGAUGAACCCGAGACUUGGUUUUUGUCAUCAGACGCGUUUAUUAACUCGACCCUUUAUGUCAAUAUGACAAAUCAGCACUUUUCCUGCUAAUAUUGCUGUUACCUGGUUGUUUUUUGUCCAAACGUUAACUCUGUCCAUGAGUGCAUGCUUUAUGAAUGUGUUACAAUGCCCAGUAUUCAUAUCUUCACUUGAAACAACUGCCCAAGUGUAAUGUUAAAUCAACUAAAGGCCUAUUCCAACUGACUCCGUAUGUCUGACCAGCAUGUAUACCAAAGUGCUUAUCAAGCUGGAUUCAACUAUAACGUUCUAUCAAGACACUGGAAAAGGAAUCCAAUCCAUUUCACAGUAUUUAUUUCCACUGUCAUGUACAAAUUCGUUUUUUUUGGGGGGGGGGGGUUCUUAACCCAUUAUUUUGAUCUCAAAUGUUGGGUGGGGCGGUAGUCCUUUGUAUUUCGAAUGAGGUCUGUAUUGUGGGGUUCAGAUAUUUCAAUCUAGAUCCGACCACCUUUUUAAACUAAGCUUAACACUAAGGCCAAUAGUCUAAGCUCUACCCCAACGAUGCCGAGUAGUGCUGGGUUCACACUGGAACGGGAGCGGUGCGUGGAGGUUAGGAGUGGCGAUGUCUGUGAACAGAAACUACAAUCAGCCCCAGUAUUGCAACCCUUCAAAAGGGCCUGUUUUUUUUCUUUUCUUUCCUACGGCUGUUUAUUGUUUUGUCGUCUUCAAUACCUUUUCUGAUGCAAUUGCUGUACUAUGUCUGUUAUGGUCAAAAUGUAUUUUGAAUCAAUUUUUCAUCAGUCGAUGGUAAACAUUGUGCACCGAUACAGAGCAAUUGGUUUGACGAUAAUGAAAUACCAGCACAGUAAUACCAUUGUAUGAGUUGAUUGUGCCAAAUGACCAGUUGGUUAGGUUUAUUUUUCUUUGAUUCUAUACAUGCUGCUGUAUACGCAAAGAGGGCUUUGGAGAGAAGUCGUCUGAUAUGUUGGCGCUACAACCCAAAGCACGUUUUUGGAAACCAUAAGGGACUGGGACUGAAAUUUAUCUUUAUUUCAAUAAAAAAUCUUUAAAAUCCUCCUUUGUGAAAUUCUAAA